UAUAUACAUAUAUAUCAUAAAAAAAAAAAAAAAUUCAAUAAUUUCACGGCUAUAAAAUUGCAAAUCCAAGCAUAGUUUAGGGUUUCCAUUUCGUUCGAAUUUUAUGAUUCAGGGUGGCAACAAUCAUCAUCUAAUCACAAGCUUCAAUCUUCAAUUCAAAGCUUCAUUUUUGUUAAUGGAUACAUAUAAAAGAUUUUGAGUUGAUUUCAACAUGAUAAUGCUGGAAUGAUAGUUUAUUUUUCUUGAUCUUGAUCCAAAAGAUACUUAAUGGAUUUGGAAAGUGAAAGUUCUGCGCUUGAAUCGGUUGAAGAUAAUGAAUUGACCACUACCAACCCAGAUGAUAGUGUUUCAAACCUUGAUCGUGUGAAGAACAAGGUCAAGGCAAAUGGGUCAUGUUCAAAUGAGAUUUACAACCUAGGAACUAGCAGAAUUGUUGAUACUAGCACUUCGCCUUAUGAUGGACAACUCAAAGAAGAUACGGGAAUUGAGCAAAUGGAGAAUUCUGUGAAUUCUCAGCCUUCAAGGGCUAAUUCUCCUGUUGUGGGGUCACCCUCAAUUACUAAAGGAUAUGGUUUGAGAAAGUGGAGGCGAAUUAAGAGAGAUGUUAUUAAGGAUGGUAGCACCACAGCAGAUAUCAGUAAAGUUUUGAAGAGGGGAUUGUCCAUUUCUGGAAAUCCCAAUAAACCGACAAACUUAAUGCCAGCUGAGAUCAAGCAAAACAGUGACGGUUCUAGUGGAUCUGCUAACAUGUUAAGAAAUGCAGGUGUCCUUGAUGGCUUAGCGGCGCAUGCGUCUAGUUUGGAAACUAGAUUUGCAGUUAGCUCCGCUUUUCCUUUAGGGACAGAUUCUGAGAAUAGUGAGGAUCGAAGCAGCAAGUCUUCUACAGCAGCGAGUGUUCCAAGGUUGAGGUAUGAUCUCCCUACAGUGUCGGGGUAUGUUCGGGAGAAGAACAAGAUUAAGAAUUUGAGUGGCAAGAAUGUUGUUGGUAGCUCAACUCAACGAGUUCAACAAGGGAAGGGACGGGUGGAAAGUAGUAAGAAGCCAAGAGGAGAAAGGGUCAAAAUUGAGAAGGAAAACUCUCAUUCCAGCAUGGAAUCUGACUCAAGAAGCUCCAACUUUGUCUUUGCGCAGGGUAUUUGUUCUGUGACCAGUAACGGAAAUCAAAGUGAAAGGUCAAUGAAUUAUGAUGGAGAAAACAGUGAUGAUGCCCAUGGAGGUGAGCAACAGUUUAGUGAAGAAGUUCAGACCGGUUAUCGCCAAGGGAAUCUAGAAGUAGAAGAAGAUGAUUUAGCUGCAGAUUCUGCUUGGGAGGACAAGGAAGGGAAAAGCAAGAAUCAUCGGCCCUCAAUAGAUCAAGAUCCUUUGGUUGAGUCUCUCAUUACUCUCCAAUCAGUGCAGGAAUCCCUUGAAAAUGAGGUUAAAAAAUUAAGUGAAAUUGGGAAGGUUAGCAGUGUUCCAGUAGAUUCCACUUCUGCUGACAGAGGAAUCCACGAGUCGAGCUUACGUGACCAGUUUGAUCCCGAAAAUAUCAAACAAUCAAGUUCCUUGGAAUCCCAAGUAUUUAGCCUGAGAGAGAAUGUAAAAUAUUUGGAAAACAAACUGGAGGAGGCAAACGCUUUGCUUAAAGUAAAGGAUUCCAGGGUUGCAGAACUUGAUAAUAUCUUGAUUAGCUGCAAGCCAUCAAUGGAAAAAUCAGGAAAGACCAUAGAGUCGCAGCAAGAGAUAUCUAGCAAGAUUGAAAAUGAGCUUGAGGGCCUAUUCAAGCAAAAGAUCGAGGCUGAAGUUGAGUAUUUGACAUUAUCAAGGACAAUACAGAAGUUGAGAGUUGCUGCAGGUGAUCAAGUCACUCUCUUUGAACAACAAGAAGCUUUGGCUGGUGAACAAGCACAGAUCUUGAACAAGGUUGCGGAAGCAGAGAAGAAAGCUGCAGUACUUAAGAAACAAGCGGAGGAGGUGGAAAAAUAUAGCGGAAACAUUUUGGGAACAGAAGAGGUAUUGGAGAUGCAGACGAAAGUAUUUAAGUUUACUUCAUGUUUUUCCAUCCAACUGGUUUUGCUUAUCUUGGCCUUUUGGUUAUUAGUGUUGCAGUUAUCACCCCAUUCUGGGGAUGUUGUACCCACUUAAAACAAUACUUUUUAGACUGGUAGACCCUUUUCUGUGUAUUCUCCACAUCUGUAGGCAAAGAUCUGAAUGUUAAAUUUUGAUGUUGUCACUUAGAAACGUUUUCUUUUUCUUUUUGCUUUCUUCUGGGAUGAUGGGGUUGGAAUUGUAAGAAAGUUUUCAGGUUUCAUUGCGCACCUCUGUAAUUCAUUGGUUGUUUUGAGUAGAGCAUCUGAAGAUGACAGGUUUUUUCAUUUUGACAUGUUUCUUAAAUGACAGUAUGUUACCUUUGCUGGGUUUA